AUGUCUUCGGCAGGAUCUUCAUCAUCAUCAUCGGAAUCAUGUGAGGAUAUUAUUGAAAAUAUUGAUAUUAUCAUGAACGAUGUUUGUAGAUUUAGGAGCGUUGUUCAGAAAAUAUUCUCGGAUGUUAAUCCUCAUAAUCGAUCAUUCUUGAACGUGAGCACUCCUUUGACAGCAGGCUAUUCAGAGGUACCAGUUGUACGGAAUCAAAUCUCAACUCUUAUUCAAACUGCAAAAAUACAUUUGGAUAAUUUAAAGAAUAUUGAUGCCCGUCUAAAACAAAAGAAGACAGCCACUCGAGCGAUUUUGCUUGGAGAAGUGGAUAGAUCGGGAAUGGACAAGAUGAAAAACAAAAUUGAUGCUAACUUGCAAGUAAUUUCGAAACAUUUGGAAAAGAAAAGAUUCAAGGCUUAUGAUGCUGAAGAAUCAGAGGAGUUUGAGCCACCGAAGAAAGGAAAAACAUUGGUCUCUCCAUCCUCAAAGAUUCAAAAAAUUCUCCCCAGAGAUGAAUCUUCAUUCAAGGAUUGUGGUGAAAUAUUAGCAGAGCUAAAAACUGGACGAACAAGAGAUUUCUUUUCUAUGGUGGAUUUGGUUAAAAUCACCAAGACAAGUGACAAUUUUUCAUCAGCUUAUAUCAAACUUAGUGAGCUAUUUAUUGUAAAUAUUAUUUUCAAAGAUACCGUUCCUUUGCAAGCAACUGUAUUCUCUGCGGAUGAACCAAUAUUUGAAAUAUCAGCGUCGAAACAUAAACUCAAUCGACAAAUUAGUAAGAUAUGCUGUCAAGCAUUGGAAUAUUAUCGCUCACAUCCAGUAUACAAGAAUUAUCCAUUUCAAGCUUUUAUGAUUUAUUUUGCCCACUAUAGACGUAUCAUGACAGACAAGUGUGGAUAUUGUGACACGAUGAUGGCCCCACCAAACAUUAUGGAAUUACCAUACUUUAGGGAUUUUGAAACAACGAAAGCUUAUCACAUGCAUCACAUUCCAGUGAGUAGGCGUUUUGAUUUGGGACUUCCUGGUACUGAAGAGUACAAACCAAAAGAUUCCACAAAGAAAAAUUCCACCACAACAUCCAGUGGCAUUAACACACCAAUGAGUGUUUCAGCAAGUCAAACGCCAGUUCAAACAUCCAAGAUGGAUGUGACCAGUGGGGCUGAAGAGUAA